AUGAUGAAAAACGCGCCUCAGGUGGGUAUCGCAACGGUCUGGUGGGAGGGAAACCCGUGCAAUACACACCUCAUGGAUCUCGGAAAGACCGUAAAGAAUGCCGUGGAGAAGCGCAAAAUGCUUGCGUGGCAGUUCAACACCAUUGGCGUGUCAGAUGCCAUCACUAUGGGUAGCGAAGGCAUGCGCUACUCUCUGCAGACAAGAGAAAUCAUAGCUGAUAGUAUCGAGUCUGUCACUUGCGCCCAGCGCCACGACGCCAACAUUAGUAUCCCCGGAUGUGACAAGAAUAUGCCCGGUGUGGUGAUUGCUGCAGCUCGGCACAACCGCCCUUUCCUGAUGAUCUACGGUGGGACCAUCAUGAAAGGCCGAAGUGCGUUGCUAGAUCAAGAUAUCAACAUCAGCACCUGCUACGAAGCGCAGGGUGCCUUUGUAUAUGGAAAGUUGCAUGCCAAGUGCAAAGACCCUACCGUGAACGGCAAGCCAGCCACCCCGUCGGAUGUGAUGGAUGAUAUCGAGCAGCACGCAUGCCCCGGGGCCGGUGCUUGUGGUGGCAUGUACACGGCCAACACCAUGGCGACUGCAAUCGAGGCAAUGGGCCUGACUCUCCCCGGCAGCAGCUCCUUUCCGGCUACUUCGCCCGAGAAGGCCAGGGAGUGCGAGCGUGCGGCCGAUGCGAUCCAAGUCGUCAUGGAGAAGGACAUCCGUCCGCGCGAUCUGCUAUCACGCGCUGCCUUCGAGAAUGCGCUGGUGCUCACCAUGGCCCUUGGCGGAUCGACGAACGGCGUGCUGCACUUUCUAGCCAUGGCGAACAGCGCUGACGUGCCGUUGACCUUGGACGAUGUGCAGCGCACGAGUAACCGCGUCCCAUAUCUUGCCGAUAUGGCACCGAGUGGGAAGUAUUACAUGGAAGACCUGUACAGAGUUGGCGGCACACCGUCUGUUCUGAAGAUGCUCAUCGCGGCUGGCCUCAUCAAUGGAUCAAUCCCUACAGUCACUGGGCUCACUCUUGCACAGAACUGCGAGUCCUGGCCGUCAUUGCCACCUGAUCAGAAAAUUAUUCGCCCGCUGACUGACCCCAUCAAGGCCACUGGCCACUUACGCAUAUUGCGAGGAAACUUGGCUCCUGCCGGUGCCGUGGCCAAGAUCACAGGCAAGGAGGGUCUUGCUUUUGUUGGCAAGGCACGCAUCUUCAACAAGGAGCACGAACUCGACUCGGCCCUGCAGAAGGGCGAUAUCAAAGCUACCGACGGCAACCUGGUGCUUAUCGUACGGUACGAAGGUCCCCGCGGGGGCCCCGGCAUGCCGGAGCAACUGAAAGCCAGUGCGGCUAUCAUGGGCGCAGGACUGUCCAAUGUUGCACUGGUCACUGAUGGGCGUUACAGCGGGGCAAGCCGCGGGUUCAUCGUCGGACAUGUUUGCCCUGAAGCGGCUGUGGGUGGGCCGAUCGCAUUGGUGCGUGACGGGGACGAGGUGCGGAUUGAUGCUGUGGAGAACCGGAUAGAUGUCUUGAACAUCAGCGUCGAAGAGUUGCGUGAGCGAAAGAAGAGCUGGACGCCUCCGGCACAACGUCCUCUCAGGGGGGCUCUGGCUAAAUACGCACGCCUCGUUGGCGAUGCCAGUCAUGGAGCGGUCACUGAUUUAGCGGAGCCGUUGGCAGAUACAGAUUGGUAG